CUAUGUUUCCUAUUUAUUGAAAAUGUAUAAUGCAAGGUGGAUCCAACUGGAAGACAAACUCUCGCUCUCCGUCUCUCUUUUCAAUCUUUUAUUUAUAUAAUUCAUUCGCGUGACGGAACUCUCUUAGCGAUCUAUCAAUCCUUUUUCUGGUCAGUUUUUCGAUAUCUAUCCAUCGAUCUCUUUGUUUUGUAUUGCAAUCAAUUUUAUUUCAUGCGUAUGCAGAUCUGUUUCGAUCGGCUGAAAUUUCUGUAUAUAUUCUUUAAUUUUAGGUGUUUUUUCACUCAAGAUUGUCUGAUUAAUGUUUCGUUAUCUCAUCGGUGAUCGACCAUGUAGCCUCCUCUUUUAAAUUCAUAUGUUUUCCCUUUGAUGAAGGUUUUUGCUUAAUUUGUGUUAAAGUUUACAAUUUUUUUGGAUAAGUCUGUUCAUCAUGAAUAGUUUCUCUUGAUCUGUAAGGAAAAGGACAGGCAUGUAUUUUAGUACAAUCAGGUAAAGAUGCAAAGUUAAAAAGGGCUUGGACGUUUAUUCUUUUAUUGAAGGCUGAUGCUCAACAAAGAUUGCAUUUUUCCAGUUGCGGAUUGCAAUUGGAGUUUACUUUGUUUGCGCCUCAAUUAAUUAAUGUGAAAUUGCUUAUUAAAAAGGUGGUCAUGCACACUGAGAAUCACGAGGCUUUAUGAAAGUAUGAGUAGUGAACUCAUAAGUAGUCACUUUUUCUGCUCCUGUUGUGGUUGUGCUCAGAGAUGAGUGGAGGAAUAUUGUUGCAGAAUAAUUGAGAGAUGGAGCACGAUGAGACAGGAUGCCAAUCCCAUCCAGAAGGCCCUAUUUUGUGUGUCAACAACUGUGGAUUCUUUGGAAGUGCAGCGAACAUGAACAUGUGCUCGAAGUGCUACAAGGACAUGAUGUUAAAAGAAGAGCAAGCAAAGCUUGCUGUCUCCUCAUUCGAGAAUCUUGUUAAUGGAUCGAGCAGCAGUGUGACAGCACCACCACCUGUUGCCAUUGGUUCUGUGGAUGUCAAGACUCUUUCAGCAGAAGUAAAUGUUGUGUCUUUGCCAUCAUCCCAAGCUUCAAGCUCCGGGGAUGCUGUGGAGCUUAUUAAACCCAAGAAGGGGCCCAACAGGUGCACCACUUGCAAUAAGCGGGUCGGGUUGACUGGAUUCAAAUGCCGGUGCGGUGACCUCUUCUGUGGCUCUCACCGCUACUCGGAUAAACAUGACUGCCCCUUCGACUACCACUCUGCUGCACAGGAAGCCAUAUCCAAGGCAAAUCCUGUUGUCAAGGCUGAAAAACUAGAUAAGAUAUAAUGCUGCUCUACUGCUCUGAAAUUCAGCUCUUCAUUUAUUAUACAGAAAAUGGGCAGUUUCAUAUGCUGGAAGCAAGGCAGUUUAAAAGUAAACACGCAAGGUUUGCACUAUUAUUCGUUAUCAAUGACAAGAAAUUGUUUGUUGGCUCGUCGUGUUUCAGAAAUUCACUUUGCUGGUUUGGGUGGGUAUGAUUGUGAUUAGGUUAUGUGUACUGGAUUACUGGUUAAUUUGUCAGGAUUAUAUCUCAUGUUGAUUCUCAGACUGAUUGGGUUUGUAAAUUAUGCAUCUUCAUAAGUGGAUGGGUUCCCUUUUCUCCAGUGCGUCUAAUAUAAUUUAAAAG